AUGCAAAUGUCAGUAGAAAUGAAUGAAAUAGAGAGUCUUGUAUGUGAGUCAGGGAAUGAAGAGAAAAGAAAUGAAGAGAAAGAAAGAAAAGGAAGAAAAGAAAGAAGACAAGGGAAGAUGUGGACGAAUGAAGAAGAUAAUAAAUUGAUGAGAGGAGUAGAAAGAUAUGGAGAAUCGAAGUGGGUAGAAAUAUCAAAAGAAGUAGGAAGUCGAACAAGAAAACAAUGUAGAGAACGAUAUAUUAAUCAUUUAAAACCGAGUAUAGAUACGAGUCAAUGGAAAAGAGAAGAAGAUGAAAUUAUUUUACAACAACAUUCAGUUUUUGGGAGUCAUUGGUGUUCAAUUGCAAUGUAUUUAAAUAACAGGACAGCACGAUCAAUUCGGAAUCGUUAUUAUUCAUUAAUUAACAAAAAAAGCAAUUCAUCAUGUUUUAAACCAUCAACUAUGACUCAUUAUAAGAUAUUAACUUCUUCUUCUUGGUUUUAA